CCCCCUCCUUUCUUUGUUUCAGGAUAUUUUCCCUGUGAGGUAUCGUUUCUUGAUUCUGUUUCUUAUAUGAUUGAGCCCGAGGAUAACAUUACAUUUGCUCGUUUCUCUUUGGGAUUUGUUGAAAAAGACGAGAUUACCCUUCUCACUGAAACUAACGAAGCUCGAUUUGGAGGACAUCAAAGUCUUAAAGAUAGAGAGAAGUCCUAUAAUGCAACAAAUCAAACAAUUCAUUGUGGCUUUGUGAAGUUCCCGAAUGAAACCUCAAGCAGUACUGGAUUUGAUUUAAAUGAGAAGGACAAAGAAUAUAUGAAUACAUGCAAAAUUGUCGUUUCGUCGUGCAUUUUUGGAAGCUCCGAUUUUUUGAGAAGGCCAACUAGCAAAGUGAUUAGUGAGUACUCAAAGAAAAACGUUUGUUUUGUUAUGUUUGUUGACGAGCAAAGUUUAGCUAAACUCUCAUCCGAAGGAAACGUUGUGGAUGAAAGAGGAAACAUUGGGCUAUGGAAAAUAGUUGUUGUGAAGAAUUUACCCUAUAAUGAUAAUCGGAAAACUGGAAAGGUGCCAAAAUUUCUAUCACAUCGCCUUUUUCCUUCUUCUAGGUACUCUAUUUGGCUCGAUAGCAAGCUUCGACUAAAUGCUGAUCCAAUGAAGAUAAUCGAAUACUUUUUGUGGCGAAAGGGUUCAGAAUAUGCUAUUUCGAAUCAUUAUAUUCGCCACUGCGUGUGGGAUGAAAUACUCCAAAAUAAAAGGCUAAAUAAGUACAAUCACUCUGCUUUAGACGAACAGUUUUAUUUCUAUCAAUCUGAUGGUCUCACAAAGUACGACUCGUCAGACCCGAAAAUCCCUCUUCCAAGCUUUGUACCAGAAGGAUCGUUCAUUGUGAGGGCGCAUACGCCAAUGUCGAAUUUAUUUUCGUGCCUUUGGUUUAAUGAAGUUGAUCGAUUUACGUCACGUGAUCAGCUGAGCUUUGCGUAUACUUACUUGAAGCUGAAGAGACUUAAUCCCGACAAACGCUUCCAUUUGAAUAUGUUCAAGGACUGCGAGCGAAGAACAAUCACAAAGCUGUUUCGUCAUAGAACCGACACGUAGAGAUUCUAACAACGGGGUAUCGUAGAUUUGAAUUCGACAGGUUUUAGAGACAAUUUGCUGCCAUUCAUUCUUCAUCAAGCUGCACUGAAUUUAGUUGUGCUUGUUUGCGGGGAACAUUUUUCGGUUUCGGUUUGUAUUGAGACAUACAGCCAUAAAUAGGAAAUGGGAAGUCUUGUGUAAACGAAGUCUAUAAACGAAUUAUAUUUUCAUGUAAUAAUAAACAAUACAGCUACACUUCUAUAAAUUAAUACAGUUGAGACUACGAAAAUUCUAUUAAUUUAAAGAAAUAUUAAAUUA